UUCACAACAGAGCGUCUCUGUGUUAGACUCACCAUUUUUACAAGCAUUUAAGGAUCAAAAAGUUUUUCAUUCUCAGUUUCUCAUUCAAUAACAGAUUUAGAUUUUUCCCACAGCAACAGAGAGAACAUGACAGAGCCAGAACCUUGCAAAAUUAAAUACACUGGGGAACAAACAGAGUUGAACGAUGAAAAUGAGGAGAAUGAAAAACUGAACGAAGAGGAGGAGAAACCUUUGAGUCGUUCUCAAACCAAACAGGAUGAUUUAAAGAAAAGAAGACACAAGAAAUCUUUCAUCUGCACUCAGUGUGGAAAGAGUUUGACAUGCAAACAGAAUCUUGACAUUCACAUGAGGAUCCACACUGGAGAGAAACCAUUCACUUGUGAUCAGUGUAGGAAGAGUUUUGCACAAUCAGCAAUCCUUAAGAGACACAUGAACAUCCACACUGGAGAGAAACCGCAUGAAUGUGAUCAAUGUGGGAAAACAUUUUCGAUGUUUUCAGUCCUAAAGAACCACCUGAAAGUUCAUUCAAAGGAGAAACCACAUUCAUGUUCUGUAUGUGGAAAGAGUUUUUCACAUCUGCAAAAUUUAAAAGAACAUCAGAAGAUACAUACUGGUGUGAGAGAUUAUAUGUGCUUUAAGUGCGAAAAGACGUUUAUUGCAGCUGAUCAAUUAAAACGACAUCAGAGGAUCCACACUGGAGAGAAACCUUACAAGUGUUCACACUGUGACAAGAAAUUCAGUCAGUCAGCACAUCUGAAAUCACAUGACAGGAUUCACACCGGAGAGAAACUGUAUCACUGCACUGCAUGUGGGAAGAGUUUCAGUCAUUCAUCUUCUCUACAUAGGCAUACAAAACACAAUCACAGUAAGCAGUUCAUCUUUAGAUCCAGCACUUUCAUGUCUGACGCCACGUCCUCAACAAAUGUGACACAAUAAUGCGUUGAGCAUUAAAAUAUCUUGU